CCAGUGGUUCACCACGCGAUUUAGCUAUUUAACUAGCUUAGGGUUGUUUUAAUGAGAGCAUUGACUGACAGGGUUUAGCUAGGCUAGAGUAUAAAGGACUUGAUGCAUUUUUAAAUAGCUUAUGUGAAUUUAGCGACAUUACUUGCAACGACAAAAGUCACUUCUACCGUUAUAGUUAUCACAUACAGUAAAUUAUCCAGAGGACAGCACGUAAAGAGGCAUAACGUUAACUAACAACAUAUUAGCAGUGUUCAGCUUUAACAGGACGUUUCUUGUGUAGCCGUUAAUAUCUGUGUGUGAACGUUGUAUUAUCGUUUGCCAGCGACCUUAGCCCCACUUGACAGAGCAGCGGACGGUCACCGGUAUGUUUCCUUUAGACUCGCCGUGGAACAUCUCGUUUGCAGGUUGUGGUUUCCUCGGGAUAUACCAUGUUGGGGUCGCCAGCUGUCUGGUGGAACAGGCUCCCUUUCUGGUGCAAAACGCCAGGAACAUAUAUGGGGCUUCGGCCGGAGCUCUAACCGCCACUACCCUGGUCACCGGAGUAUGUCUUGGAGAGACUGGAGCAAGUAUCAUCGAUGUUGCCAAAGAGGCGAGAAAGCGGUUCCUCGGACCCAUGCAUCCUUCCUUUAACCUGGUGAAGAUCAUGCGUCACAUGCUGGGGCGCACGCUGCCAGCUGAUUGCCACCUUCGGGCCAAUGGGCGUUUAGCAAUCUCUCUUACUCGAGUGACAGAUGGAGAAAAUGUCCUGGUAUCGCACUUCAACACCAAGGAGGAGGUGGUGCAGGCAUGCAUCUGCAGUGCCUACAUCCCAGUGUAUUGUGGCCUCAUUCCUCCCAUGCUGCAAGGAGUGCGAUAUGUAGACGGAGGAAUCUCAGACAACCUGCCUCAGUAUAAUAAUACCAUCACCGUGUCCCCAUUCUCUGGAGAGAGCGACAUUUGCCCCCGAGACACCUCGACCAACCUACACGAGCUGCGAUUCACCAACACAAGCAUCCAGUUCACUCUCACCAACCUCUACAGAGUCUCCAGGGCACUUUUCCCUCCAGACCCAAUGGUGUUGAAGGCCAUGUGUAAGCAGGGAUAUAAAGAUGCUCUCCACUUUCUGAAGAAGAAUGGAUUGCUUCAUUUGAACGGACCUCACAGAGACAGACCCCUGCUAGCCAAUGGUGAAGAAAAUAAGUAUUAUAAUGAGGAGGAGGAGCACAAAAAAUGUGAUGAAGAGGAGAUGAAGCCACAUGUGGAAGAGGCAGCAGUGAUGGUUUGUUGCAGUUCCUCAAUAGAGGAGCAUAUCUUCGAACACCUUCCACCCAACCUGCACAGAGCUCUAGUUGAGGCCUGCAUGGAGAGGAGGAGCUUGGUGCAGUCUCUAAGCAACAUGCUUCCUGUCAGGAUGGCCUCCGCCAUGAUGCUUCCCUACACUCUCCCUCUGGAGUCUGCUAUGUCUUUGACUGUCAGACUUCUGGAGUGGCUGCCAGAUGUGCAAGAUGAUGUUGAGUGGAUUCGAGAGCAGGUUUCAAAAAUCCUACAGCAUGUUUUUCGCCAGACCUCCAAAAGCAUUUCCCGAAGUGUAUCUGCCAGGUUUUCCUGGCACCUGGAGCUGCAACGCUACCAGUCCAUCCAAUCCCAGAUCAGCUCCACCACCCUGAUGCCCACCUGGGUGAAUGGGAGCAGUUCUUCACUCCUGGAUGUCUUUGUGCGUCUUGACCAGUACAAGAAGCAGCUGUUGUCUGGGGUGCUGUGUAUCAACAUGGACAUGCAAAGCUCCUUCAAAACUGCAAAGAUGUUACCAGAUAAGAGCCCUCCAUCCGUCCUCUCCUCAGAAGGCCUCACAAUGCAUUGUCUUAAUAGUCCACCUGCUGAAGACUCUGCAGAAGCCAUCAGCAGCUCCUAAGAGCUUUUGACAGGUUUCUGCUGCAGAUGGUGCAGCACUGAGGUUCAAACUUACUUAUUCUAGAUCCGGGAACAUUUUAAAAUAAUUUAAAUCAGAUUUUUAUAUCUGUUUACACCCUUACACUUCAAUAUUUCUAAGCUGCCAGAAAGACAGUUGUAAUUUAAUCAGCCCCUUUGUGUAUUAGUUGGAAAAAGUUUGUACACUUCUUUUUGACUAAUGUAUGACACUGAAAUAAGUUUUUAGCUACAGUAUAAUCGGGCGAGCCCAUAGACACACUAUGCCUGUAGGUCUGCACAAGUGCACUUCAGUCAUGUAAAACUCGAAUUACAGGACGUUCUAAACUGCAGUGCACACUUGAAGUAGCGUGGUUAAACUAGAGUGUUCAGGUUUUUAGUGGAAUGUAGUCAGACCCGUAGUUAAGCACAGUGUUUCUGCUGCAUCCGGUUAUGGGCUCUUAGUCACUUCUGCCACACAGGAAGGGAAGGAUUGGAGCAAAAAAACGUAGAUGCACCAGUCUGUUUGUUACAGAUAGUUACUCCAUUUAUUUGAUGCAAGCGUCAUUGCAGUAUUGUUAAAAAAUGUAUUGUCUUUAUGUUUCUAGGUUUCUAUGAAUGUGUUACGUCUAUAAGAUUAUUUAUAUGUAAAAUACAAAACUACUUUGCUCUGUUGCCCCAAUCAUAUAUACUUAUUUCUAUCAUCUUGUUGUACUUCCAUGCAAGUUACAACUCCUUUUAGAUUUCAUUUUAAAUCUACGUUGUAUUGAAUUUCAGCUUGAAACUAUUUAAAUGAGUCUAUGGUUUUGAUCUUAUGAUACAAAUGUUACAUUUCAAUGCACAGUAAAUCAUUAGAUCAUUAGAUUAUCACUUUAAUCUGAAUUGCGCUUUUCACUGUAUGCAGAGGUACUUAGACAUGUUUAAAUACUUCUCUUGUACUGUUUACUACAAGAAAUUCAAACUGUGUGAACAAGCCCCAAGUUGUGCCUUACACUUACACAUGAAAUAAUUGCCACGUGAAUUUAACAUAUUGUCAAAAUGUUGCAGGGAAUAAUAUGUAUGUGAUCAUGAAAUAAACUGGUGUUGUUUAACAUUAA